CGGCUGGUAAAAGAGAGACAUUUCUGGGCCCUGAAGAAGAGCUCUGUGUAGCUCGAAAGCUUGUCUCUUCCGCCAACAGAAGUCAAAAGUCCAAGAGGAGAUAUUGCCUCCCCCACCUCGUCUCUCUGAUAUCCUGGGACAAACUUGGCUGCAGCAACAGGAAAAGACAGUUAGGUCACUUUCGAGAGAGGUGUCUUUCCUUUGCACAAGGGUAGGCCCUGAUCCCAGAGUCAGAUCCCUGAGCAUGCAACCCUGUCCCUGGGCAGAGCUCCAAGGGGAUCAGCUGAUGUCCCUGUGGGCACAAACAAAUAUUGAUCACAUUGCAGGAUUGGGGCCUUGAAACCCUGCUCUCCAUUUGAGUGGCAGGAGAUAGGCUAUUAUUAAUAGGACUCCGAAACGUGCCAUGGCAAUCGCUGGCAGACAUCUCCGGGAUGCUAAGAAGGGGCUGACGUCUGGGAUAAUCAGGGACCCCUCCUCUUCAGCACAUUUAAACCCAACGGUCUCAGCAAAGACAACAACGCGGACGAGCUGGCCCAGCUGGAUGGUGCCAGUGUUGGGCUCAGCAUGGCGCCAGCCGGGGCCCAGAAAGAGAAGCAGCCUCCUGGCUCUCAGAGGGACCAGGGCACCUAUACCAGGGGACCCUGUGCAGGGAGCAGAGACGCAGGCGAGGCUGGGGCCCAGGCUGGACCCUCCCGAGGCCCCGUCGGCGCUGCAGGCCCGGACCCGGGCAUGGUUCGAGCACACGCAGGCGAGCCGGAUCUGCCAGCAGGGGGAGCUGCCGCCCUGGUUUCACGGCUUCAUCAGCAGGAGGGACACGGAGCAGCUGCUGCAGGAGAAGCCGCUGGGCUCUUUCCUGAUUCGCUUCAGUGAAAGCACCGUGGGAUUUGUCUUGUCGUACAGGGGCAGAGAUCGCUGCCGGCACUUCAUCCUAGAUCAGCUGGAAGACGAGUGCUACGUGAUCCUAGGAGAGAACAGCGCCCACGUCGAGCUUCAGGGUCUGCUUCUGCACUACACCACCGCCCCCAUCACCCCCUACGAUGAGUUCCUGACAGCACCAUGCCCCAGGGGCGACAAAAGCCGAGAGAGUGGUGGGAUCCCUGCUGGAGCUGAAGCAGGGUCUGGUGCCCCACUCGAGCCAGCAAAUGUCCCCCCAGCAGCAGGCGGCCAAGCAUACAGCCUGGUUCUCAGACAGCCCCAGGCCCCUGGCCAACAGAGCCAUCCCUGCCCGCUGGCUGCAGAGCAAAGGAACGAGAGAAGCCCUUCCAAGGAGGCUCCCUGUGCCAUUCCCCCGCUCCCCGCCAAGGCUGGCCCCACUCCGAGGCCGAGCAGCCCUAUGCAAGAGGCAGGGGCCUCUGUGGAGCCCUACGCCCACGUCAGCAAAACGCCCGUCCCCGCUGAGCAGCCCACGCCGGCCCAGCCCGCAGAGGCCAAGUACCAGCAGCUGAUGCGCUUCCACACCUACGCCGAGCCCUGCGAGGGCUUCCCGCCCCCUGAACGCCGCAUCUACUAUGAACCCGACGAGCCCAUCCCCUUCUACGCCAUGGGACGAGGCUCGCUGCCCAGCCCCAACCCCGAGAACAUCUACGCGGAGGUAGAGCUGGCGUGCCGGUCCCGGCCCCAGGCUCUACCCAGAGUGCUGCAGAACACGGCGUCCACCUUGCCUCGGGGCUCAUCCAGACCUCCCGCCGAGCCGUCCCCAGGACACCGCAGGCUCCUCCGGAGCACGUCGGGGCAGGGGUCCCGGAGGAGGCGGUUGCCUGCCGCUCUCGCGGUUGAGGGGGCCCAGGGGAGGCCAUCUGGGCCAUCCUCGGAGAACCCGCUGGAGUUUGACGACCCGGUUUACGGCAGGAAGGCAGCCACCCUGACCAGACCGGCGGCCACCAGGGGACAGGAAGGUCUAGAAAACAUUUAUGAGCUGAUUUCUGGAGACCAUCCUAGCCCGCACGCAUCGGGGAGCAGUAACUCCUAGAGCCCUCCCGCAUUCAAGGCAAGCCAGCAGGACACCCCCUGCCAAGGGUUCCUGGGCUUGAGAGCCGCCGGAGAAGACUUCUUCCCCAUCAGCUGCUCUCUAAGGAUAUGUCUACACUAGUGCAGACCAGGGCUAGGACACAGAGUUGCUGCAGACAUAAGCCCUCAAGACACUGCUGCUCUGACCGCCUCUCUCAAGUUUGUGCAUGGAGCAGCCUCCUCCGUGAAUUCAAGGAUCACAUGCUCUCCCCCCCCUUCCAAGGGUGGGAGUUUCAGGAAGCAGGGAAGAUCUUUCCAUGGAAAGGACAAUGAGAUCCAACGCCAAUAAAAAACCCAGCGAGGUCUUUGGCUCACAAAGUCUCUUCCUCACAGCUACGACACCAGCUUUGUCGGUUUUCCCAUCCCUCCUGCUCUCAGUUGCUUGGUACUCAAGACUCACGGCUUUUUUGGACCCUUGAUGUUAUCUCCCUCCCCCCCACCCGGAGGGGGUCUUUGCUUCUUGGUGUCAUUGGGCAGUCGUAGAAGCUGCUUCAUGGGGUGGAACUACCAAGCCCAAAUGGGGUGACGAACACCCUCUGGCGUCGACGGAGAUAUCUACUGACUUGAUGCCGCAGAGCUGUUCAGAUAAGGAUUCUUAUUUUUAAAUCAGGGGAAUAAACAGAAGCAAAUGGGAUGAAAUCGACUUGCAUGCAGGGCGGGCGGCAUUUAAAUCCUGCUUACAUGAGGGGCAGCUUCAGGGUUUAAGUUCCAUGUUAAGUCCUAUGGACCCUCUGCUGCUUGAUCUGUAACCACGAUGGGCUGUUUUUCGUUCCCACUUCUCAGGGCAAGAAUUUAUCACCGCCACGUGCUGUCUGUAAAUAAAAGCGAUGGGCCUUCAGUGAGCCGUGAACUGCCCUUAUGGUGUCUUAGCAUCCUCAGAGAAAACAAAUAGAAGGAGAAGUAUUUGGUCCGGAUGCUGCUCGGCCCAAGCACAGCGAUAAUUCCUCCCCCCCCCCACCCCCCCAGAUGGGUCGCCAGGCAGGUUCGAAGGCAGCAGAGGAAGGAUGGUCUUUAGGCUCAGGCCCAGUAGCAGAGACAGGAUUCCCCGCCCCCUCAUGUCAUCUCUGCUGCAAGGAACAGCUGCCAGUUAGGAGCAGCAGGUGGCAGCGGGAAGGGGCACAGAGGGUGGAGGUACUGGGGGAUGUGGGAAGAGAGUGGCAGGGCUACGAAACGGAUGGAUUGUGGAAGGUGGUAGGCUGGAAAUGCUGCAUGCUACAAGGAUGGUUUGCAAGAAGUCUCAACGCCUGGGGAGAGCGACUGAGGGUUCCACUAGGUAACAUAGGGAGGAAAGGCCUAGGGAACGCUGCAGUUAGGAACAAAAAAAUAAAUUCAGAGUGAAGGUGAAACUUACCAGAAAUCCUAAACACGUGAAAGGUCCCUAAGACCCCCAACGCCUCUUCCCCAAAGCAGCCCCCUCUCCUGGGGGUAACCUGACUCAAAACUGUGCACCUGGCAACAUGGCUACUAAGCAGCAGGCAGCCAGAGAGCUUCUGGUGUCUGCCUAAUUCUUCCCCCUUCUCCACCCCAAGACCUACCACUUCUUUGUGGGGAGGGCAGCCACAAACCCCACCACCAAACAGACCAGCGUAAAAGCAACUGCCAGGCUCAUAUGAGCCAGCAUCUGGGCCAAUAGGCCCCUGCAUGAUUCAGCUCCACCGGAAGAAGCCAUUUGAAUGUUCCCUAGCCCUGAAGUCUCCCUUUAAACUCUGGCUGUCCCUUCACACAUCACCUGCAGGAGAAAGGCCUGAGCAACUGGCACUUUGAGAGGCAGUCACCUCUUCAGCCCCUCACUGACCUGUGACUGCCCCAGCUGUUCAAUUCCAGGGGAGGGGGGAACAGUUUUGGUUUCCACCUUUUGCCCAGCAAGGUCACCUCCUAUUCUCCGAUGCAGAAAGACUGCCAAGACUCAGGCACAAAGUCGCCUGUGUAUAUGUUUAGAGUAGUCUCAGCUGUUCAGGGUCCUGGCCUUGAUUCCCAUUAAGACUAAGGCUGGGUCUACACUAUAGACUUACGUCAGUACAACUGCAUCAUUCAGGCAUGUAGGAAAUCUACACCCCAGUGCCACAGGUGUAAGUUACAGCGGUAUCCAUUGUAAAGCUCCAUGCCAGUAGGGUGCAACCGGGCCUUGGUGCACAGGAGUCAGGCCCUGUGGGUUCAGUAUUAAAACUGGUAACAUCUAAUCACUCCUGUGCCAGUCCAGUUCCUGAGAACGACAAGAGGGUGUGAACAAUCCCAUCCCCUGGAGAGGCAACCAGAGGGGUGAUUUGGUUCGUUUAAAAGUUUUAUUCCUUUAUCAAAUCUCUUUUCAGAGGAUUUCACUGUACAGAUAAGAUAGGAAUAAAUUACUCAACAGUAACUUUAUUCUGGUCAUUGGAACACUCAAAACGGGCUUUGCAAAGUACUAAAACAUCCAGGGAACUAACCUAUAAAUCUGAUUUUAAAAUACUGUCAGACUUCAUUUACCACGUCCUUUUCUUUGGAGGGGGGGGGACCAGGGUAGAUGGAGCAAGUUGCCCUUUGGCGUUUUCCUCAAUGGAAUUGCCGCAAUUAACUGCUUUAGUUGUGGUACAACAAAUAAAACCUUUGAUGUCAGGAAUGUAACUUAAAGAACUGGACCGACUCGCUCCUUGCUUCAGCAUCAUAAGAGUUCAGCAGCAAACAAUGAACUAGGAAGUGAGGCCAGCAAGAAUGAACAGAUACGCACAUAUCUGAAUAGCUGGCCUGUGUACUAUUUGCAGACGUGCCCGUCUCUGCCUCUGGGAAGUCCACCAUCUUAAGUGAAAUGAAGAAACUCAUUUUUCAAGUGUUCUGUGAAACAAGUUUAAGUCAAGACAUUGCCUCCCUUUUCCAGCCAGGUGGGUGGAGUUAACAUUUAAACCAGAGUUGGUGCCUCAGCAGGAACUAGGCGUUAUAGAGAUAGGCGGAUAGGUUAAAAACUUGUGCUGUAGGCAGCUUUUGCCUAGGUUUGGAUUAUUACAGGAAAUACUGCGGUGACUUCAGUUCGCUGCGAGCUGCAGGGCACCAUCUCACCCCAGAAAUACUUGGAUUCAACUAGCAUUUGCAUCAGAUUUUUACAGCGCUCUGGGCCUUGGCUUGGGGACACACACCCACACCUACCCCAUUCUUAUAUGUCCCAGAGCUUACAAUAGCUUCUUGUGCUGGCAGAGGAAACCAGAAUAUCUUCCACGGAGUCCAGAGAUUGGGGGUAUCUGUGCGCUGUUUUCAAACUGAAACAAGCACCGUCUUGUUAGCCAACAUCGACCUUGAAAACAAAAAUGUCCCCUCAAAAGUGACUCAAAUUUACAGGAGGGCAUGGCAAGGAAAACAAAAGAACAAGACACACUUCAAACCUGCUGAGAUUGCUUGUAAGAAGAGAAAUGUGUCUACACAAGUACAAACUGAACUAUCCCAAACGGUUUUUCAAAUAAUAGUCAUAAUAAUAAUAUAAAAAGUUUGCCCUUGAAACUGCCUUUCAGAAAGGAAAUUACACUCUUGACACACGGUAGGUCCAAAGAAAGGAGCAGUGUUGGACUUGGAAAUUUAUUGAGACUCUACCUAAGGU